AUGAAUAUACAGUUUUACUUGGUGUGGAAGGCUCUGCACAAAAGAUGCCCCCUCGACCAUCUGCCUGUCACCAAAGAGAUGAGUGAGACGACGUCCAUUCACUCAGCAAAGCUGGUUUCAUUGGCUCGAUCACUCUCUGGGCUGGGGCUUGAUGCCUCUAAUGGCGGCACUACUAACCCGCCAGACAACGACAACGACCCUCCUCUGGAGUCUGGCAUUGAUCUAGGCCCUGGGCUUUUCUUUGCUGAUGGCAAAAGAAAGGUGGACUACAUCCUUUGUUACAAAUUCAGAAAAAGGCGAGGAUCCAAGUCACGUCUUUCCAUUGCAUCCAAUGGGAGUCUGUCGAUAACAAUACCGAUACCAGGCUUGACGAACAUAGACACUGUGGAAACGGCUGUGGGAGAGGCGGAGGAGUCGAAGCUGACAGAGGAGGAAAAAGCUUUAAUGAGGGAGGAGUUUGAAGCAGGUCUUCUGGACGCUGGGCUGCAGAUUGAGCGUGACAGAGAGAAAUUAAACAGCCUUCGGUUUAUUCGGCUCCACAUCCCGUGGCCAAUACUCAGCCGAGAAGCAGAGCUUCAGAAGAUCAAAGUUGCUGUGAAAAAGAAGUUUGAAUUACGGAAACCAGCUGGAAUUGCUGGCAUUUGGGACUCCAUUGUGACCAAAGUCAACAUACCAUUUCAACCAGACGUCCCUGAGUUUGAAAUCCAAAAAGACCCGCAAACAAACACCAACUGCAAAACCCUUAGAUACCCUUUCAUCAGAGACAAGCUCCAACUAUAUGACAUCAAGUCAACAGAAACCCUGUUUGACAACGCAACACGCAGCAGAAUAGUGGCUGAGAUUAUUUCACGAAUUACCUGCAGACAAACCUGCCAAACCACUGGCAUCAACUCAUUAUUGGCUCAGGGUGUUUACGACUCUGCCUUCCCCCUUCAUGAUGGGUCGUUCACAAGAAGGGGAGAGAAGAAUCAGAGAAAUGACAGACAGAUCCUCCAUGAAGAAUGGGCUAACUAUGGAGUCAUGCAUAAAUACCAGCCUGUGGACCUUAUCAGGAAGUACUUUGGAGAGCAAAUUGGGUUGUACUUUGCUUGGCUGGGUGUUUAUACUCAGCUCCUCAUUCCUCCCUCUGUACUGGGCAUCAUUGUCUUCCUGUACGGCAUAUUCACAGUGGACACCAAUGUGCCGAGCCAGGAGACAUGUGAUGACAACCUGAACAUAACUAUGUGUCCGCUGUGUGAUGGUGUUUGUGACUACUGGCAGCUGAGUACGGUGUGCUCUCUGGCCCGAGCGUCAUACCUGUUCGACAACGGAGCCACUGCACUCUUCGCCAUUUUUAUGUCACUGUGGGCUGCCUGUUUCCUUGAGCACUGGAAGAGGCGACAGAUGUGUCUGAAACAUACCUGGGAUGUGACCAGCUUGGAGGAUGAGGAGGACCGAAUGCAGGAGGAGCUGAGGCCUGAAUAUGAGGAGGCUCUGAAGGAGAAAAAGGCCAAAGUGAGAGCAAAGUCAAAGAAGAAGAUGACUCAAGCAGCGAGUAAUGUGGACGGAGAAACAGACCAGAUGCUGUCCUCUCAGCGAGAACCAGAGUCCCUGGAAAUCGAGGACCACCUUAAAGGUUACAUCAUCAAUGUGUCUACAUUACUACUACUGAUCUUUGUAACCUUCUCAGCGGUGGUUGGAGUGGCAGUUUAUCGUAUCUGCAUGUUAACCGUGUGGUCCAUGAACCCUGAUCAUGAUGCCAAGGCCAGCGUGAGGAUGACCGUCACCACCACGGGCAUUGUCCUGAACAUGCUGAUCGUUCUCGUUCUGGAGGAAGUCUAUGGAGCCAUCGCCGUCUGGCUGACUGAGCUGGAACUUCCAAAGACAAAGGAAGAGUUUGAAGAGAAGCUCAUUUUUAAGUCUUUUUUUCUCAAAUCCAUGAACGCCUUUGCACCUAUCUUCUACGUGGCCUUCUUUAAGGGCAGGUUUGUUGGACGGCCUGGUGAUUAUAUUUACAUCUUUGGAGACUAUCGCAUGGAGGAGUGUGCUCCACCUGGCUGCCUCAUUGAGCUGUGCAUCCAGCUCAGUAUGAUCAUGCUCGGAAAGCAGCUCAUCCAAAAUAAUGUGUUUGAAGUUCUUGUACCAAAGCUGAAAAAUAUGUACAGAACAAUGCAAGAGGAAAAAGGAAAGAAAAGAGAAGCAGAGGAGGAGCAGGAGGAAGAGGAAGAGAAGAGACCAAAGCAACAAUUUGAGAAGGAUUUCAUCCUUGAGCCCUAUGAAGGAGUGGCCCCAGAGUACAUGGAAAUGAUGAUCCAGUAUGGGUUUGUGUCUCUCUUUGUGGCGUCUUUCCCACUGGCACCAGCAUUUGCUCUACUCAACAACAUCAUUGAGAUUCGUCUUGAUGCUGCAAAAUUUGUCACUGAGAUCCGACGGCCCGAUGCUGUGAGGUGUAAAGACAUAGGGAUUUGGUACAACAUUCUCUGUGGAAUCAGCAAGUUCUCUGUCAUAACCAAUGCAUUUGUCAUCUCCUUCACAUCAGAGUUUGUUCCACGAAUGGUUUACCAGUACAUGUACAGUGUUAAUGGCACCAUGAACGGCUACACAGAGCACUCUCUGGCCUACUUCAAUGUCAGCAACUUUCCACCAGGCACUGCGCCACCCUCCAACAUCUCCAUGUGCAGAUAUAAGGACUACAGAGACUCACCUUGGGACCCUGACCCUUACAGCUUCUCCAAAGAGUACUGGUCCAUGCUGGCAGCAAAACUGGCUUUUGUCAUUUUCUUCCAGAACCUCGCCAUGUUCCUCAGCCUGUUGGUUGCCUGGAUGAUCCCAGAUGUACCACGAUCUCUGCGGGAACAACUGAAAAAAGAGAACAUGAUUCUGAUGGAGUUUCUCCUGAAUCAAGACCAAGAAACACGUGCCAAAUAUCAGUCUCCGAGACGCUCCACCCCCUACUUCCCAUCUCCUGUAGACAUUGUGAUUGAGGCCCCACCAGAAGAGGAAGAAGAAGAAGAGGAGCAGCAGAAAGAGGAAGAGGAGGAUGUGGAAAACAAUUUAGAUGUUCUUGAAAGGACCAGUGACAGUCUCCCAGAGAUUGGUAAGGAACUGGAAGACGCUGAGGACAAUGUACAGGAGGAAGGAGUGGUAGAUGGAGGAAAUGAAGCUGAGAAGGAAGAGGGUGAACAAAAGGAGAAAGAUGGAGAGCUAAAUGAAGAAGACGGCAAGGGAGAUGCUGAUAAUAAGGAGGAAGAAAAAGAGGAAAAAGGAAAAGGAAAGGAAAAUGAAAAGGAAGUUGAAAUGGAGCCUGCUGAGAAUGAGAACUUUACCGUGGACCUGGACUCCUUAAUGGGUGAACUGGGCCUUUUGGAUGAAGAACCCUCACCGAGCACAGCCAAAGAUGCAGAUCUCCCUCACUCAGGCUCCAAACAAGAAAUCCAGAAACACCCACAGGCUCCAUCACAGCCGUCAUCUGACAGAGGCUCGACACAGAGUCUGAAGGGCUCACAAGCAGAACUUACAAAAUCAAGUGUUGACACCAAGCCCUUCUCACUCAUUGCUCCUCCUCCUCCUCCCAGAGAGCCAGGCUCAAGAGCAAAGUCCCGCUGCUCCACCCUGCCUUCCCGCCACAGAGGGGCUGAGGCUUGUUACAGCCUGCCGCGGCCCAGCCACUCCACCAGCCUCACCAGGUUCCAACAAGUGGCCUCACUUACUCCCCUUGUUCCUCUCAGCUCCUCAUUAUCAGCCUCAUCAGACCCAUUCUCUCCUCCACACACGCCAGUGUCACCUUUACCUCCAAUCCCCACACAGCUACAGUCCCCUCCAGCCCCACAGCCUAAAGCUCCCAGCGAACUGUUUGCACUCAAAGGUCCCCCGCCUCAGCAGCCCCGCUCCAGGGGAAAAGCUCGGUGCUCCACACUGCCUCCACGACAAAGAGUCCCCGGUCCAGAGGAGCACGCUGCCAAGCCGAGCCAUUCUACCAGUUUUACAAAGCUGGGAGACUGCAUCCCCCCUUCCCCCAGUGAACUAAAGAGAGACACUUUGGUAUGA